GAGAAUAGUAUAUCCGAGGUAUUUAGUGGCGUUCGACUAUAAAAAAAUCAUUUAGUGGUGUUAUAUCUGCGAGGACAAAAUCUGGAACGAAUGAAAUAAUUCGAUAAUUUCUUACGUUAUAAUCAGUAUGGCAGGCAGACAAAUGAUGCGAGCUGUUAGAGUGGCCCAGUUUGGUGGGCCUGAAGUUCUGAAAGUAGAAACAAAUGUAGCAAUACCUACUCCAAGCCAAUCACAGGUUCUUGUGGAAGUAAAGGCUGCUGGAAUUAACCCAGUGGACACAUACAUAAGGUCUGGCACCUACGCCAUCAAGCCACCAUUACCGUUUACCCCAGGUUCAGACCUCGCAGGAAUUGUGAAAGAUGUUGGAGCAAAUGUGACAAAGUUUAAGCCAGGAGAACGGGUUUAUGUGUCCAGAAAAGUUUAUGUCAGCGGUGGCUAUGCUGAAUUUAGUACGGCUGAUGAAACAGAUGUCGGACAUCUGGAUGAGAAAACUACGUUUCAACAAGGUGCUGGCAUAGGCAUUCCAUACUUCACAGCGUAUAAAGCUGUCUGCUUCUCAGGACGUGAGAAGGUCAAACCUGGAAACAGUAUUCUAAUUCAUGGUGCUAGUGGAGCUGUAGGUCUAGCCUGUGUUCAGAUAGCUGUAUCAAAGGGUAUGAAAGUGUAUGGUACAGCAGGUACACUGGAAGGUAUUGAUCUGGUGCUCAAACAAGGUGCAACAGCAGUGUUCAACCAUAGGGAAGAGGGAUAUGCAGAUAAAAUAGUGGAAGCAACUGGUGGUGUCGGUCCAGACCUUAUAAUAGAGAUGCUAGCAAAUGUAAAUCUAGAAACUGAUAUGAAAAUAAUAAACCGGAAAGGAAUUAUUGUGGUUGUUGGUAACAGAGGGUCUAUUGAAAUAAAUCCAAGACUUGCAAUGCAGAAAGAAUCACAUGUGACGGGUAUGAUACUGAUGAAUGCAUCUCCAGAAGAUUGGGUAGAAAUGCAUUCAGGGAUAUCAGAAGGGUUGAAGGCGGGAUGGCUGGUUCCUCACAUCUGUAAAGAAUACAAGCUGGACGAGGCACCAGUAGCCCAUGAUGAAGUUAUAAAUAACACAGGAACAUUGGGAAAACGAGUGUUUGUUCUGUGAGACAACCUGAUUAUAUAAGAGACACUACGGCUUUACUUCAUGAAGAACAAGCAGUUUAUAAUACGUGCACUUGGAC